AUAUUCCACUUUGCGCAGUUUUCGGAACCCCAAAAUCAUUGGUUUUUUCUUCAAGAUUUCGUAAGAACUCCCAUGGCUAAAGCUUGUUCCGUGUUACUUUACUUGUCUUUCUUGUCUCAGGUGCAUCUGUUGUUGGCGGCCAUGGAAGCAAACUCUCUCCGAAUCACUACAAAUCAACUUGUCCCAAAGUACUUUCCAUCGUCGGAGCUCGAGUCGAAGCCGCUGUAAAGCAGGAACCACGCAUGGGGGCAUCUUUGCUCCGCUUGCAUUUCCAUGACUGCUUUGUUAAUGGGUGCGAUGGAUCGAUAUUGUUGGACGAUAAUUCGACGUUCACUGGCGAGAAAACUGCAGCUCCAAACAAUAACUCGGCUAGAGGAUUCGAUGUGGUCGAUGACAUUAAAGCUAAACUCGAGAAAGCUUGCCCCGGAGUCGUUUCCUGUUCCGAUAUUCUUGCCAUUGCUGCUCGUGACUCGACUGUCGUGUUGGGUGGUCCAUCAUGGAAAGUUAAGCUAGGGAGAAGGGACUCUACCACUGCUAGCAAAAAUGCUGCAAGAAAGCUCAUUCCUGCACCCAAUCUCAACUUAAGUGCUCUCAUAUUCAGCUUCCGUGCUCAAGGACUCUCACUGAAAGACUUGGUGGCACUUUCAGGUGCACAUACUAUUGGCCUGGCAAGGUGCACAUCGUUUCGGGCACGCAUCUACAAUGACUCCAACAUCGAUCCCUUGUUUGCCAAGUCCCUGCAACGUAGAUGCCUGAGAACCGGGAAAGAUAACGUUCAUCGAUCCCUCGACUUACAGACACCAACUUCAUUCGACAAUUACUACUUCCAGAACUUGUUGAAGAACAAAGGUCUCCUCCAUUCUGAUCAAGAGCUUGUCAAUGACGCUUCAACCAAUUCCUUGGUCAAAAACUAUGCUGCAGAUUCUUCAAGGUUUUUCAAACAGUUCUCCAAAUCCAUGAUCAAGAUGGGGAGCAUCAAGCCUCUCACUGGAAAUUCUGGGGAAAUUAGGAUCAAUUGCAGGAAAGUCAAUUGAAAAAUACCUACUGAGACAACAAAAUGUAAUAAAAAAAA